AUGACAUUAUUCAUUAGUAACGUCAACGUAAACCUAGCGAUCACUCGGAAAUGGUUCGAAGAAAUAGCCCUAGCAAACAAGCAGGGCCGGAAACCAUCUCUUCUCCGCGCGAUGACCAAGGCAUUCUGGUUAAGCUACGCUCCUUCCGGCAUCAUGUUUCUCAUUCAAGCGCUCAUCCUCAAACCCUUCCAGCCGGUGGCACUGAGCAUGCUAUUGGCUUACUGGGAGCCAGGUUCAAACAUGACGUACGAGCAAGCCGUAUACUGCGCCGCUUCCGUCAUUUUGAUGUCGUUGCUCAUAGCUUUUCUCAAUCAUCACGGCACAUAUUCCACCCAGCAGUUCGGUAUGAAGGUCCGAAUUGCAGCCUGUUCACUGAUUUACAGAAAGGUUAUGCGGAUGAGUUCGGGAGCGUUGGCUCAGACGACUGCUGGGCAAGUCGUAAACCUGCUGUCCAACGACGUCAACCGCUUCGACUACGCGUUCAUAUACACGCAUUUCAUCUGGCUGCUGCCUUUGCAAGUCGUCAUUGUUUGCUUCCUCAUCUACGCGAAGAUUGGAUACGCAGCCAUCGUAGGCGUGGUCGGCAUAGUCUUGCAGACAAUACCCGUUCAAUCUUACAUGAGCAAAUUGGCUGCUCGCUUAAGAAUGAAUACGGCCGGUAAAACAGACGAGCGAGUAAGGAUUAUGGAUGAAAUAAUUAGUGGGAUGCAGGUCAUAAAAAUGUACGCAUGGGAGAAACCGUUCGAAAAAGUGGUGGCGCUGGCUCGCAAGAACGAGAUCAAGAGUAUCACUUCUGCGUCAUACCUCCGAGGGGUCUACCUCAGUUUCAUGGUGUUUACGGAACGGCUGACGCUCUACAUAACCCUGCUCUCGUAUUCUUUGUUCGGCUAUCAAGUUACCGCUGACAUUGUGUUCCCAUUGGCGCAAUUUUACAACACUCUUCAAGGAACCCUCUCGAUUAUUAUGUCAAAUGCUGUUUCAUUUUUGGCGGAAGCGCUGAUAUCAGUGCAACGAUUAGAAGCAUUCAUGUUAUUUGGAAUCGAUUGGUUUCCACAGGCAUUCCCGUUGGCUCAAAUGUUCAACAUCCUCCAAGCGACAGUAGCUAUUCUUUUGCCAUCGACCCUUUCGCAAUCCAUGGAGGCCUAUACUUCUAUACUCCGUAUACAGGCUCUUUUACUAACGGAUGAACGAGAAGAUCUACGAAGUGUUCCUGAUGUGGAUAUAGCGAAACUCGUCCAGAGAGUGGAAAAGAAAAAAAUUAAAAACUUGAGUGAAAUCGAUCUGUGUCCAGACACAUUUAAGAAGCUUGAUGAAGACGGAAUCUACAACCCAGGUUUCGAAUGCACUGAGAAAGGAAUGAUGAACCAAGCGCUGUCCGCACUACCUAUAAGCCCGGAGAUUGGCAUACUCCUCCAAGAUGUAAGUGCCAAUUGGUCUGAAGAAGGGCCCGUCACUCUUCGCAAUAUAAACCUAACGGUACCGAAGGGGAAACUCUGCGCCAUUAUCGGAUCCGUUGGCUCUGGAAAGAGUUCGAUACUUCAGCUGCUUCUCAACGAGCUACGUUCAACCCGAGGUCGUAUUCACUUGUCUGGCCCACUAUCCUACGCGAGUCAAGAGCCAUGGCUGUUUGUGGCCACAGUGCGACAGAACAUUCUCUUCGGACUGCCGUAUAAUCCAAAAAAAUAUAAAGAGGUUGUUAAGGUGUGCGCCCUACAAAAAGAUUUUCAACAGUUUCCUCACGGCGAUCAGACUUUGGUAGGUGAAAGAGGCGCUUCUUUGUCGGGUGGACAACGAGCUCGGAUUAAUCUCGCAAGGGCUGUCUACAGACAAGCUGACAUUUACCUGCUGGACGAUCCCCUGUCAGCUGUCGACGCCCACGUGGGCAAACAGCUGUUCAACGAGUGCAUCAGCGGAUACCUGCGCCACACCACGCGCAUUCUCGUCACCCACCAGCUGCAUUACCUCAAAGCAGCGGACUACAUCGCCAUCAUGAGCAACGGCUCCAUUGAAGCCAAGGGCACCUACGAUGAAUUAAUUACAUCUGGAAAGGACUUCGCUAAACUUUUAUCGUCCACCCAGGAUGAGAACGACCCUAAUGAGGCCGAGAAACCUCUUCCGAUGUCUAGACGCACGUCCACUAGAAUUUCAACAACACGCCGGCCGUCUUUGGUAGAAUCGACUAACGGCUGCGAGGGACCAGCGCAGGAAAUGGAGGAAGAGGAACGCGAGUCUGGCUCUAUGGGCUGGCACGUAUACGGAGCAUACUUGCGAGCAGGAGGAAAGGCACCCCGGCUCAUAUUUAUGGUCGUACUUCUGAUAGUGGGACAGUUGUCCGCGACACUUUGCGACUAUUGGGUCACCUUCUGGACCAAUGAAGUGACUCGCUUAAAAGAAAGAGAGACCAACGGCACUGUGAAUGAUUACGAUCGUCUUCCAGUAGAUGCGAACAGCACUUUCAGCAUCUUGGGUUACUUUUCCGGGAUUGAAAUACAACCAGAUCUUAACAUUCACGCCUACAUUGGACCGCUGGACACCUCCCAGUACCUAUAUGUAUACUCAGCACUAAUUCUUUGCUGCGUAUUCUUCAUCACGGCACGAGCUUUCAUGUUCUUCAAAGUUUGUAUGACAUCGUCGCGAAAUCUUCACAACGACAUGUUUCAUUCCAUGCUUCGCGGAGUAAUGCGCUUCUUCGACAUGAACUCUUCAGGACGCAUUUUAAACCGCUUCUCGAAGGACAUCGGUGCUUUGGACGAGCUCCUGCCUCGAUUCCUACUAGAGUGUAUCCAAAUAUAUUUAGUAAUGUUCAGUAUUUUGGCCCUGAACGCUGCCGCUUUAGUUUGGACCCUCCUACCGACUACCAUCAUCCUACUCUUGUUCUACACGAUCUUACAAAUUUACUUGAAAUCUGCGCAAUCAAUUAAAAGAUUAGAAGGGACGACGAGAAGUCCGGUAUUUUCUCAUAUGUCGGCUACGUUGAACGGUAUCAGCACCAUCAGGUCUUCUGGGGCACAGCAGAGGCUGAUUCAGGAUUUUGAUCGUUUCCAGGAUAUCCACACGUCUACAUGGAGCAGCUAUUUAGCCAGCGGCGUCACGCUCGGAUUUUGGCUUGAUUUCAUCUGCGUGCUCUACCUUACUAUAGUUAUUGUUGCAUUCUUGGUUAUUGACAGCAAAACGAUAUUCUCGGGUAACGUUGGCUUGGCGAUUUCACAAACACUGAUCCUAACCGGCAUGCUCCAAUUCGGCGUGAGACAAACCGCCGAGGUUAUCUCCCAGAUGACCAGCGUCGAACGAAUCCUGCAGUACACCCACAUCGAGAGAGAGAAACAAUGGGACAAAGGAGUUAAGGAAACUCCAAAAGGUUGGCCUUGGCAAGGACGCAUCGAGUUCCGUAACUGUUAUAUGAAAUACACUCCCGAAGAUUUGCCUGUUCUCAAAAAUCUCAACUUAGUACUUGAAAAGGGCUGGAAGGUUGGCAUAGUGGGACGUACAGGAGCUGGUAAGUCAUCGCUCAUAUCAUCACUAUUCCGGCUGGCGAUUGUAGAGGGUGAAAUCCUUAUCGACGACGUUGACACAUCCUUGUUGUCAUUACAGGAAUUGCGAUCAAAAAUAUCCAUUAUUCCACAAGAGCCAGUACUUUUUUCAGCAACAGUCAGAUACAAUUUAGAUCCUUUCAAUAACUAUGACGACGAACAAUUAUGGAAAGCUCUUGAAGCUGUUGAUUUGAAAGCAGCGAUUCCAGCUUUAGAUUUUAAAGUAUCCGAAGGCGGGUCAAACUUCUCAUUAGGUCAACGACAGUUAGUUUGCUUAGCACGCGCUAUUUUACGCGGAAAUCGUAUUCUUGUACUUGACGAAGCCACUGCAAAUGUUGAUCCCAAGACGGACGAAUUUAUUCAAAAAACCAUAAGGAAAAAAUUCGCAGACUGCACAGUGCUCACUGUAGCACAUCGUCUGAAUACUAUAAUGGAUUCUGACCGAGUUAUGCCCUUUGGUUUGGUUUUACACACGGCUGUUUGUCACGCCGGCGGCGCAGGGAGUAUACUUGUCGUUGAAUCAGAAAAGAAGUUGAAACAAAUUAAUAUAACCGCAUAUGGU